AUGUCUGUUCUCCUCGAGCCUGACAAAGCACUCUUGGAUUGUAUAUUUUCCCAUUCCAAGCCAACAAGCAUAACCAUCUUAUCCCAAACGUAUGAAGUGUGCACCUUCAUCGCACAUUUGGACGCUACUCGCCCCACUGAACCAUUGCCUGGAAAUGUCGUCGUACGUCUUGAGCUUCCAUCAAAAGUUCCCCUACGCACCGUCUCGGCUCUUCAACAACUGGCAACAUUGGCGAUCCCAGAAGUCGUUCCGGCUGUGUUCCAAACCGGUACCGCAAAACCGGGGGACGGACGAGAAAUCUAUUUUUCCGUUUCGGCCUUUGUGGACAACGCUGUGACGCUGGAGACGGUCUGGGAUGAUUUGACAGACCAUCAGCAAUCCGACAUCAUGGACACGGUGCUGGAUGCAGUGACGAAGCUUCAGAAUCUUGAUCUGGCGGAUGAAUCCGUUCUGGCAAUCCUGAAAGCCGGCGGGAGCGGGGUCUUUUUCAAAACGACUGGGAAAGAAGGAGAUGUCUCGUCCAGCAACCCGAACAACGUAGCUCUCGGGAAUCGAGAAAUCGGAUUCUUCAACGACAUGCCCAAUCUCCUCACGGCCAUCAUCGCGUACAACGGCGUGAGCAAAAAAUUGACGUUGAGCCCCAGCGUGAGUGAACCAAGCGACGACAACAAUGGCAUCGUGAUGGCCUCUACGGACGAAGAAAUCCCAACGGUCCUCCACAUCGGGCGAAAGGAUCUCGAAUCGCUCCAGCGAGAUGCCGUGCUCUGCCACAAUGACCUCGAACCGCGCAAUCUACUCGUCCGCCCGGUGGAUGUGGUGAGCGACGGCGGCGCAUCGAUCCAACGGUACGACCUGGCCGCCAUCAUCGACUGGGAAAUGGCCGGGUUCUUCCCCUUCGCCUACGAGUACGUUACGAAGGACGCCCUCCUCGGCAGUUCAAACACAUCUUUCAGCUGGUAUUCUCUCUUCAAACGACGCACGGCACCACUGCUUCCUGCAGAAUUGGCUCAACCAUCAUCCAAUAAGUCUCAGACGUUUUUGAUGGAAGCGAUGGAUCGGAUACAGCGAUCCAGGGGGCAGAAGAGAAGAAACGUCGGGGCCUUGUUUCGAGAACGAUGGAUCGAAAGGAAGCAACUGGUACCUGGCGCGUUUCUGGGGUCCGGAUGGGUCAGACGGCCCGAUGCAACGAGCGACGUCAGAGUGUACCGUAAAGAGGAUAAUGAACUGCUCGAGGAAGAGGUUUUGAAAGAGCUGGGCUUGCUGUAG